AUGUCCACCAAGAGCCCCAAGCACAUCCAACCCACCCUCUCUUCCACGCCCAUCAUCCCCGACCCCGCCGCCCCAGGCACCAUAAUGCGCUACGCGCUGGGGAUAGAAGCCGCUAUCAACCUCCUCGGCUGCGCGGGCAUGCUCUUCUUCCCCUCUCGCUUCCUCGAGCUCCUCGCAUCCAAGCCCUCCGAGAUCACCGCGACCGCCACGACGGUGACCCAAUGGCUAGGCGCACUGGGCUACAUCCUCACGGUGCCGAUGCUGCUCGCCAUCCCGAACACGCGGCGGGGCAUCGAGAGCAGAACGACAGUGUACUAUGGCUUGGCUGCUGGGGAGUUGGCAUUCAUUCCGCUGCUGUUGUAUCAGGCGCUGGUUAAGCGGGAGGCAUCGGGGAUGAGCAGGAAGGGGCUGUUGAUGGGGAUGGGGAGUAUGAUUCCGCAUCUGCCCUGGCGGUUUUGGGUGCUGUUCAGGCGGCCGGAGUGGAUUGGGCGGUAUAGGGAGGAGCGGAAGGAGGCUUGA